UGCUUGCUUCCUCUUCAUAAAUUUCCCAUCAUCAUCUCUCUGUCGCCACCCUUUGAUUUGUUAUUUUCUGGGACUUUGGUAUCUUUUUUAAAUAUAUUUCUGGGUAUUAGUUGUUGUUACUGAAUUUUGUUUGGUUAUUAAAGAUAUUAAGCUUCGCCGGUGUCAUCAUAACGAGAAAUGGGAUGAGAAACGUGUGGAGGACGAUGAGGAAGCUGGGACUGCUGAUGUUUCGCUUCUUGUCUCAGUCCAUUAUUCAUUAAACUCUCUCCUUUGGCUUGUUGGCAUUGAUUGUGCUUGCUUUCUUCAGAAUUGUAAGCAUAUUAAAGAAGUUUUUUUCCCUUCUUAUCGAAGGCACAUAUUUUCCUUUGAAAAAAGGGGCCAUUCCUUUGCCUCUGGUACUUGGUUUGGUUUUAUUCAGCUAAUAGAGACAUGGACAGAGAAAGAAGGAAACUUUAUCUUUGGUAUAUGGGUAAUAGCAUCACAGCCACAAGGAAUUUAAACAGAGCUUCUUGAGUUUUUUUUUUUUUAAAAGGAUUUUCCUUUUGUUUCUCAUAAUCUGUAAAGGUGUUCUCGAGAAAAACAAUAAACAUGAAGUUUAUGAAGCUUGGCUCGAAGCCUGACGCCUUCCAAGCUGAUGGCAGAUGUGUCCGGCAUGUCACAUCUGAUUUGCCAACAGAUGUCACCAUUAAUGUUGGUGAAGUUAAAUUCUACCUUCACAAGUUCCCUCUGCUGUCUAAGAGCCGUCACUUGCAAGAACUAGUGCUGAAAGCCAGUGAGGAAUGCUGUGAUGGGAUUAAUAUGGUUGAUUUUCCGGGUGGGCCAAAGGCAUUUGAAAUUUGUGCUAAAUUCUGCUAUGGGAUGACCGUUACUUUAAAUGCUUACAGUGUCGUGGCUGCACGUUGUGCUGCUGAAUACUUAGGGAUGACUGAGGAUGUUGAUCGAGGUAAUCUGAUUUUUAAAAUCGAAGUAUUUCUUAAUUCUAGCAUAUUCCGUAGCUGGAAAGAUUCCAUUAUUGUUCUACAAACCACCAAAUCUGUUCUACCAUGGUCCGAAAACCUGAAGAUCGUUGGAAGAUGCAUUGAUUCCAUAGCAUCUAAAACCUCAGUGGAUCCAGCAAACGUUACAUGGUCCUACACUUAUAACAGGAAGCUGUCAGCGUGUGGCAAAGUUGCUACAGAGGGUAUGAAAUUUAGAGAGAAGAUUGUAUCUGUUCCGAAUGAUUGGUGGAUUGAAGAUAUAUGUGAGCUAGACAUUGAUCUCUACAAGCGAGUCCUGACUGCCGUGAAAUCAAAGGGAAGAAUGGAUGGUGUGGCUAUUGGUGAGGCUCUGAAAACUUUCGCUGUUAGAUGGUUGCCAGAUUCUGUCGAUGCCUUGGUUUCUGAUGUACACUCGUGGAGGAACAAAUUACUUGUGGAAACAGUUGUGUGUUUAUUGCCUUCGGAUAAGAGUGUUGGCUGUUCAUGUAGUUUCUUGUUGAAGCUGUUGAAAGUUGCCAUCCUGGUUGGGGUGGAUGAUUCCUCAAAGGAAGAUCUAUUGAAUAGGAUAAGCUUAAAGUUGCAUGAAGCUUCUGUCAAGGAUUUAUUAAUCCCGGCACGGCCUCCACAAACUACAUUAUAUGAUGUUGAAAUUUUUCUAUCUAUUGCAAAUCAGUAUAUGAUGCAUAUUCAAGAUUUAUAUGUUGCAAAGAAUGAGACAGGAUGUACCGAUUUUGUUCUAGGGCAUGGAUCCUUGUUGAGUGUUGGUAAAUUGAUUGAUGAGUAUCUUGAAGAAAUUGCAUGUGACCCAAACCUUUCCCUUGCCGUUUUCAUUGACUUGUCUCGGUCUAUACCCGAGUUUGCUAGACCAAUUCAUGACGGACUCUAUAAAGCCAUUGACAUGUACCUAAAGAAGCAUCCAAGCUUGACGAAGGACGAAAGAAAGAAUUUGUGUGGCUUGAUGGAUGUCAAGAAAUUGACAAUGGAUGCAUCUAUUCAUGCUGCACAGAAUGAGAGACUUCCACUUCGAGUUGUAGUACAAGUUCUCUUCUUUGAGCAGGUUAGGGCUACUACAGCUGGAGCUCAAUCACUUAACAACAAUCCUUGUGGUGCAUCCCAUUCCACGACCAACACCGAUGAAGAAUCGGAGAAGACUGCAGCUGAAGUUUGCAAAUCCCUCGAUCAACAGAUGAGUCAGGUUAAGAUAACCAGGGACGAAUUCCAAAAAAAUGGUAAGUUGGCCAAAAGUAAUAGCAAAAACAGUAACAGCGAUGUGCAGCUGCUGCCAUCUCGAUCAAGAAAAAUAUUCGACAAAUUGUGGGGAUUCGGUAAAGGGCAUGUGGAAAACAGAAGUUCUGAGACAUCUACAAGUUCACAAAGCCCAACUUCAAUGGUUCCAGGGGAUACCAAGUCUUCGGGUUCAUCUUCCAGGAACAGGAGAUUUUUAGUGUAAAAAGUUGUAGGAUUUUGUUGCAGUUGAUGAUGAAGGUUCUUACCAUAAGGGAAGCAUUCUAAAAUGGGAUCAGCUGCAUAAAAUUUGUAAUCAGUUUUAUUUUUAUGUUUUGUGCUUUCGUUUUUAACAUCUUAUCCAACUGUACGAUCAUCCUUGUAUUAACUUUCAUGUAGUUAAUCGGAGGAUUACAUUUCCUUUAAACUUGGUAACUU